AGACUACAGACUUGGAUAUAAUUCCGUGCAAUGAACUGUGUGUGUUUACUGACCACCUGUCUAAACUGUUCAGCAGGUUGUACCUCCCCAGAUAUAGUGUGUGGUGAGCUCCGUGGGAGUCGGGAGUCGAGAUCCAGGAUUCACAGGGUGGCCUCCAUGAACAAAGACCAUGUUGGCAGUUUGGCAUACAACUGCCAUAUUAAUAUAAUGGUUAUUGAGAUCAGGAAAAAACAUGGCUCUGUAGAUUUAUGGGGUAUGUGUAGCUCCCCUGGGGCUGGACAGACCCUGACCCUUGAGGGACCCAGAUGAUUGUAAGUGACCUUCGUUAACCUUCACUGACCCUCUGCAUCAAGGCUGCAGAUGUUGAAAGAGUCCAUUACCACUGAUAGAGCCAUAUGGAUCUGCCUCAUUUGGAUUCACCAUAGGAACAAUUUAAAGAUGGAAGCCAUGAUGACGAAAUUGAAGCUUUCUACAACAUGAGGGACACUCACUGGUAACGGAAUUACUCUCACCCCACUGGUCCGAAUGAAGAUAAUAAAUCUCUGUUGUUUUCCUGUACCAAGAUACGAAGCCAUGUUGACAACAUUUCAAACAUAUCACCAAAGGUCUUUGGAUAUUGUGCUGAAAAUUUCAUAUUUAAGGAACCAACACCAUUGCAUAAAGGAAAACAUCACAGUCUGUUGGGAGACUUUUACGUCGGAGGUGUGAUUGUUGUGAUUCAACAGACAAACUCUUCAAAAAGGAGGUGUGAAUGUUGAUGGUUCAGUGGCAAAUAUAAUGAGGAUGUGUAUUUGAUGUUUAUGUAAAGACUAGUCAACGAUGGAUUCUUCUGUCCAGAUUAUUUUCGUCAUGACUGCAGCGUUCUGCAGCCUGUGUGAUGGAAUCAUAUAUUACCAUAUAACGGAGGAACGAGACCCCAAAGUGCUUGGUAAUGUGGGUGCAGACGCAAACAUUACAGACACCGCGUCAACAACUUUUCGAUUUGUGGAGACAGGAAGUCAACAUUUAGAAAAAUUCAAUAUCGAAAGUCAAUCUGGAAUUUUGAGUACUAAGGCUAAGUUAGAUAGGGAAGAGCUUUGUCGUUUUAACAAAACUUGCGAAUUAAAAUUACGAGUUGCUGCUGUAACAACCGGAAUUACUAGCGUCCAGUGGUUGGAAGUGAGGGUCGUUGUUGAUGACAUAAAUGACAAUGCUCCAACUUUCAAACAACCAACAAUGACCUUGGAUAUCUCUGAAGGGUCGAAGAGUGGUAACACGUUUCCAAUUGUCGGAGCAACUGACGAAGACAUGGUUGGCAACAACUCCCUCCGUGGAUACCAGCUAAGUUCUCCAAGUCAAACUUUCCGAUUGGUUGUUGGAGACGAAAAGCCUGAUGGAACUCUAGAAGUGAGUCUGCAAUUGAUUGAGGAUAUUGAUAGAGAAAUCAAGGAUUCGUAUAAAAUCUAUGUAAUUGCAAAAGAUGGUGACAGUCCCCCGCGGACGGGAAUGUUGACUGUUGAUGUCAGGGUAACUGAUAUUAACGAUAACAAACCUCAGUUUACCAAAACCCGUUACGAGGUCACAGUUGAAGAGGACAUGGCUGUCAGUUCCAACAUUCUACAGAUCAAGGCUACGGACAAGGAUAUUGGACAGAAUGGGGAGGUUAGAUAUCGUUUUAGUGACCGUGUAGGGACCGACGUCACUGAAUAUUUCAGUAUUGAUGAACGAUCUGGCAACAUUAGCCUCAUCAGAAAGCUUGAAUAUGUACAGGGAGGUAGCUACACAUUUAUUGUUGUCGCUUUUGAUCAGGGUAGUCCUCCGAAUGACAACCAAUCUGUCGUCGUAGUCACAGUGGAAGAUAAAAAUAACAACUCUCCAGAUAUUAACAUCAAUUAUUUGACUCCAAAGGAUGGAGAGGUCAUGGAAAACUCGGCUGUGGACACACCCAUCGCGCAUAUCCAGGCACUGGAUGGUGAUGUAGGUAAAAACGGGGAGGUCACAUGUUCAAUUGACAACCCACUGUUUCGCAUGAACCCCAUGGCUGGGAAUGAGUUCAUCAUCGUGGUGAAUGGUCUACUUGAUCGCGAGGACCAGAUUGAACACGUUAUCACCAUUUUCUGUCAUGAUGGUGGAGUGCCCUCGCUCAACAACAGUAUUACGUUCGGCAUGCAAGUGACGGACGAAAACGAUAACCCGCCUGAGUUCAUGAACCGUGUGUACAACACCAAGGUGUCGGAGAACACGCCUGCUCCUGCCCUCAUAACCAAAGUCAGUGCCAUGGACUCGGACCAGGAAAUGAAUGCCAAGGUCACCUACAGCCUCCCGGAGGAUGCACACUCGCUGUUCUCUAUUGGUGCACAGUCGGGCAUUAUUGAGUCCCGUGUACCUUUUGACCGCGAGACGGUCGAUCGGCUGGAGUUUCGCGUGUUUGCUGCGGACAAUGGCUUAACAAAAAGAUACACGGCUACUGCUACUAUCAUUCUUACAAUCACUGAUCAAAACGACAUCACACCCAAGUUCACACAGGAAGUGUAUGAGUUUGAUGUGUAUGAACAUUCUCUUGGAUUUUUCGGAAAUGUGACAGCAACAGAUGACGAUUUGGGUGAGAAUGGACAGAUUUCCUAUAUUAUACCUCCCGAAUAUAUCACCAUGCCGUUCUCAAUCUCAAAGAGGACUGGAAAACUGGGAACAUACCGUGAAAUGGACCGCGAGAGGCAAGAUCAGUACCACUUUCGGGUCAUUGCUAGGGACAACGGUUCCAACUCUCGUGAGAACACAGCUCAGGUGAUAGUACGAGUCAAGGACCUUAACGAUAAUGCACCUGUGAUGACAUUCCCCAACGAGACCAACAGUUCUAUCCUUCUGUCGUACCGAGCUGAACCCGAAUCUCUCGUCACAACUAUUGUAGCUGAGGAUGCAGACAUCGGCGAAAAUGCAGAAAUAAGCUUCAUCAUUAUAAGCGGUGAUGAUGAUGGAUUGUUCAAACUUGAUCGUAACUCAGGUGAGAUUUUAUUGAAAAGGGAAAUCAAGCUUUUCGAAAUAAAGAUGUAUACGUUGGACAUUUCUUUAGAAGAUAAUGGUAUGCCAAAACAGAGCACACGUCAUUACAUCAACAUACAGGUUCAUUUUGUCAACAGUACUGUCAUAUCGGAGGAAGUAGUGGUAACUAGUGGCAACAUCCUCAUCGCAAUAGCGAUAGCGUGUAUCACUUUUGUCCUCUCCACAGCAAUCAUCAUCUCAAUCUGCAUCAUUCGAAGAAUCGACAUGAAAAAGCGUAAUUACAAUUCAAAAAGUGCUGAAGAAAUGAAGAUUAUUCAGACGAUGGGUCGAGGAAGUAACAGGUCGUCGUCGUCGAAAGGUUCGCGUGACGAGUUUCUACCUCCACAUCACAUGUUGAACAGGCCAAACAGGAAAGAAGUCAGUUUUUCUUUGGACGAUGAACAGGAUAGUGGCUUCACCUUCACCGUUCCUCCGAGUCUUGCAUCCUCCGUCCCACACAGUCUUACCUCCUCAGGAAUGGUCACCUUCAAGGCGGGUGGCUCCAUGAUGGACGAUCCCUCCAACAAACAGCUUGCUCCUCAACAGACCAGCAGCCAUAGUAGGGAUGGCAGUAACCUCUCGGACAACAAACAAAAGCAGGUGCAUCGCAUGGCCUCUCUCCGUGUCCAACAGCAGCUCCUUAUGUCACAGGACGGAGGGGGUCAGUCGGUCUGGAGGAAACACCCACAACUCACAGAGAAAAAACAGUUGUCAGUACCUCGGUCCCACCAGGAGGGCCACCAUGACGAUAACCGUAGCGACCUGUCCGGAGAAUCCACAACAAGUGACAGUGGCCGAGGUGGAAGUGAUGAGGACCUCCGUCAUGCAGGAAUCUCUCACCCGCCUGAGUUAGAUCACAGUGGAGAUUCUCGCCAUUUCUCAACCACAGACAGUAGCGGAGUUUCUUCUCUUUCUUAUAAUUCAAGUGCUGUGAAUGCAGGAAGACCAAUGUUUUCCACUUUUGGACAUUCUAACAAUGACACAUUUCCACGGAAUUCUAACAGAAAUCCCGUACCCCAGGGUGGGCGCAGUCACUCGAGGCCUCCUCGUCAGGGGCAACGAGUGCAAAGGCUACAAUCGGACAACUAUCCCCCACACCAUAAACAAUUUGUUGACAUUCCAAGGGCGCCGUCAGCUGAUCUGCGCUCAAGCAGAUGUUCUGUAAACAGUGAUAAAAACCAAAGAACAAAUCGUCUUCAAAGUGCCACACCGACAUUUGACGACACGCUCAGUGAGAGCUGUGCGACGACCAAUCGUGAUGAUGACGAUGUUACGACAACGUCGGGAAGCUAUACUGUGAAUGCUGAUGAUCUGUGUAAUGAAAUAGAUGAACUCUUCUUGAAAACUGACACAGUUGUAUGAUAGUUUGUGAUAAGUGGUAUAGGAGUGAGAGAAUAUCUGACAAAGACAACUUAGGGGAAAAAAAGGAGAAAGUAUGAGAGUGCGAGAGAGAAAGAGAGAAAGAUGGGAAAUAGGGAUAUGACAGAGACUGAGAAAGGUUAAUGUUUAGGUGCUCAGUAUAAAAUUCUUGCCAAAUUUGUUUAUAUUGAAAUGUUCCAUAAAAACAGAUAUUUGUCUUGUCUAUGUUAAGUAUAUAUGCUACCUAACUGUGAAACUUAUCUCUAUUCAGAAGAGUUCCACUAUAAAAAGAAAUUACUUGAACGUCUUUUACGAUUCAUAUUAAGGACUUAUCAAUAUUAAUAUCAAGGCGUAUUAUCAAUUGAUGACAGAAAAUACCAGCAUUGGUGAAAUUGAGGUAUCUUUUAUUUAUUGUGAACCAUUUAAUUUUUCGCAAGAAUUCAAAAUAGGUAACAAAAAGGAACAAUGAUCAGUACCUGGGAUAUGAUUCUUAACGUUUCAAUAAAUAUUAACGAGAUAUUUAAAUUGUGAUCCACUCUCCUCUCAAAUGACGUUAAGAUGUUCAACAUUCUGUGACAAAUAUUUAAUUAGAAAUAUCAUAAGGGAGAUAACUCUUAUAAAAAUACAAAUCUGAAAUCACAUUGUAAGAUAUAACAUAGUGUAUAUCCUUAAGUUGAUAACUUCAAGUGUGUAUUGCGACCAGACUAAACUUUUCAGUCUCUAAAUUUAAUAAGCUGACAUUUGAAAUACGUUAUUUUACUAAAAAAAAAUGGCAAAAGAAUGCUAGCUUGUUUAACACGAAUAAUUAAUGAUGAAAUGAUGUUUACAUUUUGACCAAAUUAUGUAAACAUAUCUCGAACAUCAAAAUGUUUAAACCCAAUGCCAAAGAAAAAUACCUGUUUGUAUACAUGUGUAGUCUUUUUAAUGUCACAUGAUUUUUCCAUAAAAAUGAAUUCACAUAAAAACAAAUCUAACCAUUUCCCUUUGAUUGUUGAUUUACCACAAUAAAUCUCUUUCAAAGUUAGAACUAAAAAAUGUUUUAGAUGCUGCGUUAGAUGAUUGUCUUUUUUUGGUCCAUCAAUACAGUAGUGUAGAUAAAAUAUUCUAAAUUGUUGUCGGAGAAUUUCUUUUUACAAUUUCAUAUUUAAUUAAAACUUCUUUUUCCUUUUAUUGUUCCUGUGUAUGAUAUCAGACCUCUUUGUUGCUAUAUUUAUCAUUGUACGUAUGUGUAUGUUUCGUGUGACAAUUGUAUAUUGGGUAUUGUUUUAACAGAGCCAAAAUUACACCGUUUUCAUUCCUAUACCUUUUUUGUGCUUUUAUGCAUUACAAAACUUAAAUAUAACAAAUGUUAAGAAAGAUUAAAAAUUAGUUAUUUUUAAAUUUGAUUUUAAAAUGCAAAAUCACAAAUAGAUCUUAGAAAUAGGCUUCUGACAAAUACCCGAAACACAAUAUAUAUUUAGUGCAAUAUUCCGUGUAACUGUUGGUGUAGAAUGUGUUAGGACUGAAAGCAUUGUCUGAAUUGUACUCAAAAGUGCACAGUUAAGUAUGUAAGUUCAACUGCUUUAAUUCUGCUCCGUAAUUCAGCAGAUAUUUUUCGAAGGGUUCAUGAAAGGAACUCCAUUCUGUUGCUGUGGUUACGUGCUGUUGUUGAUUUGUCAUGAAAUGUUAUGAUCCAUGUUUUGUUUUGUCUGAAGUUAGUAUUACAAAAAUUGUAUAAAAUUGACCAAAAUAUGAAAUAUACAUAAA